GCCCGGCUCGACCCCGCAGCGAUGGCUGCCCGGCUGUGCCGGCUGCCGAGGCGCCUCACGGCCGCCUUCAGCAGCGCCGCGGCCGCGGGAGCCGGGCAGGCCCCGCCGGCGGAGCCGCUGACGGAGCGGCGGCAGGCGGGGGGCGUGCGCACCAUCGUCCUGAACAACCCGCGGCGGCGGAACGCGCUGUCGCUGCCCAUGCUGCAGAGCCUGCGGCGGGACCUGCUGCACGACGUCAAGAGCCGGGAGCUGCGCGUCAUCGUCAUCGCGGCUAAAGGACCUGUAUUUUGUUCCGGCCAUGACUUAAAGGAGCUGUCAAGUGAAGAUGAUGUGAAGCAUCAUUCCCAAGUAUUUGAACUAUGUGCAGAGGUUAUGACUUUAAUCCAGAAGCUUCCAGUGCCAGUGAUUGCCAAAGUAAAUGGCCUGGCUACAGCAGCUGGCUGCCAGCUUGUGGCAAGCUGUGACAUCGCAGUGGCAAGUGAGAAAUCUCAGUUUGCUACUCCUGGAGUAAACAUUGGGCUGUUCUGCUCCACACCAGCUGUGGCCUUGGGCAGAUCUCUUCCAAGAAAGGUGGCACUGGAGAUGCUUUUCACGGGUGAACCUCUCUCUGCCCACGAAGCUUUAAUGCACGGGCUCGUCAGCAAGGUGGUACCAGAAGACAAGCUGGAAGAAGAGACCAUGAAAAUCUCUCAGAAGAUAUGUGAAAGCAGCAAAUCUGUCCUGGCCUUGGGGAAGGCCACCUUUUACAGACAGAUAACCCAGGACCUUGACACUGCUUACAAAAUAACUACUCAGGUCAUGGUAGAUAAUUUGACUUUGAGAGAUGGGCAGGAAGGCAUUGAAGCCUUUGUUCAGAAGCGUAAACCUGUCUGGUCACACUCUCAGGAGGAGAAGAAAUGAGUCCUGUCUCUAAACAAACCUUAGCUGUGCUUUAUGAUUCUUCACGCAGUUGCCUUUGGGAACUAUAUUUUUAUUCUUGCUGAAGGUUAAAUUUCUCUUCUUACAAAUGCCAGACAAAAUAAAUUUACUCUAAGUAUGUAAUAAAUGUUAAGAAAAAUCAAAGAAGAUGGGUUUUCUCUGAUAGCAGUGAAUUUAAUCUGUGGUUUUAAAAGUAACUCUGCAAGUGCUGCAAAAAACAGUUAACGUGUCUCUGGUUACAUAUGGAGUCACAGGGGCUGAGAGGGAGCUCAGAUCACCUUGUUCAGCAUCUCCCCUCCAUAGUUCAGGAUGAGAAUUGUUAUUUAUUGUUAUUAAUAGAGAAUUGAAGGGCUUGGACACAUUCCAGAGAUGAUGGUAGUAGGUAUGAUAAUGGAUUCCAGAACUGUUAGAGUGUUGCAGACAGAAGCCUGUAACACAGUUGUCCAUUGCUCCUCAUAUCUUCCUGUGAACUGUGUCUGUCAGCAGCUUGUCCCCCACAAAUCCUGAUUUUCCACCAUCAGUUCAGCUCCCAGCUCUAGGGAGUUUUGUUGACUGCAGGGAGG